AUCAGGAGUAUGUGUGAAAAGCGAAAAUGGCAGCGCAGGCACAAGCGUCAACUUCGUCCGAAAGUGCUGCCCAGGAAGAGGAUUCCUCUGAGCUGCAGUUUCCUAAAGAAUUUGAGAAUGCAGAAACUUUACUGAUCUCUGAGGUUCAGAUGCUCUUGGAUCACAGAAAACAACAAAAUGAAAAUGCAGAAGAAGAACAGGAGCAGUCUGAAGUAUUCAUCAAAACCCUCAAUUACUGUGUGAGGUUCAGUAAAUUCAAGAACAGGGAAACUAUUACUGCAGUCAGAAGUUCACUGAUGCAGAAAAAGUUACACAAAUUUGAGCUAGCAGCCCUUGCCAAUCUUUGUCCCGAGACUUCAGAAGAAGCAAAGUCUUUGGUUCCCAGUUUGGAUGGCAGAUUUGAAGAUGAAGAGCUCCAGUCAAUCUUGGACGACAUCAAGACCAAACGAAGCUUUCAGUACUGAUAUUGUUUGUUUGUCUGUGUAUUGUAUUAUAAUAUCAUGUAUGUUGGUGUGUGUGUGUUUGUUAGUCACUAUUUGAGUGUGUGGAUGUACUUUGGUGUGAGUAUGACUGUCUACCUGUUUGUGAAAGAUCUUUACGGAAUGGAAAAUUGAAUGACUGGAAGAGAAGAUCUGUGUAAGUGAGAGUGUGUUUACUUUUAUUUGUUUUACUGACAGAUUGAACGUUAAAAUAAACUGAAAUUUGAUCUGAUACCACAAAAA